AAGAUUUGCGCUGUUGUUUCUGAUUCAUGUUUGGGAUUCAGGAAAGCAUCCAGCGGAGUGGGAGCAGCAUGAAGGAAGAGCCCCUCGGCGCGGGGAUGAACGCGGUGCGGACGUGGAUGCAGGGAGCCGGCGUCCUGGACGCCAGCACGGCCGCUCAGAGCGGAGUGGGUCUGGCCCGGGCUCACUUCGAGAAGCAGCCUCCUUCCAACCUGAGGAAGUCCAACUUUUUCCACUUCGUCCUGGCUCUGUACGACCGGCAGGGGCAGCCCGUGGAGAUCGAGCGCACCGCCUUCGUGGGCUUCGUGGAGAAGGAGAAGGAAGCCAACAGCGAAAAGACCAACAACGGGAUCCACUACCGCCUGCAGCUGCUCUACAGCAAUGGGAUCAGGACGGAGCAGGAUUUCUACGUCCGACUCAUCGACUCCAUGACCAAGCAGGCGAUAGUAUAUGAAGGCCAAGACAAGAACCCAGAAAUGUGCCGAGUUCUGCUCACGCAUGAAAUAAUGUGCAGCCGCUGUUGUGACAAGAAAAGCUGUGGCAACAGAAAUGAGACUCCAUCAGAUCCAGUGAUAAUUGACAGGUUCUUCUUGAAAUUUUUCCUCAAAUGUAACCAAAAUUGCCUAAAAAAUGCAGGAAACCCUCGAGACAUGCGUCGAUUCCAGGUUGUGGUGUCUACAACAGUCAAUGUUGAUGGCCAUGUGUUGGCAGUGUCGGACAAUAUGUUUGUACACAACAAUUCCAAGCACGGGCGGAGAGCUCGAAGACUCGAUCCCUCGGAAGGUACGCCUUCUUAUCUGGAACAUGCAGCUACACCAUGUAUCAAAGCCAUCAGUCCAAGUGAAGGAUGGACUACAGGAGGUGCCACUGUCAUCAUCAUAGGAGACAAUUUCUUUGAUGGGUUACAGGUCAUAUUCGGCACCAUGCUGGUUUGGAGUGAGCUGAUUACUCCUCAUGCCAUCCGCGUACAGACGCCUCCCCGGCAUAUCCCAGGGGUUGUAGAAGUCACAUUGUCCUAUAAGUCUAAGCAGUUUUGCAAGGGAACGCCUGGAAGAUUCAUUUACACAGCUCUGAACGAACCCACCAUUGACUAUGGUUUCCAAAGGUUACAGAAGGUUAUCCCCCGGCACCCUGGUGACCCCGAACGCUUGCCAAAGGAAGUAAUACUUAAGAGGGCUGCUGAUUUAGUAGAAGCACUCUAUGGUAUGCCACAUAAUAACCAGGAAAUAAUCCUGAAAAGAGCAGCAGACAUCGCAGAAGCGCUCUACAGUGUCCCCCGCAAUCAUAACCAGCUCCCCGCCCUUGCUAACACGUCAGUCCAUGCAGGAAUGAUGGGAGUGAAUUCCUUUAGUGGUCAACUAGCUGUCAAUGUUUCCGAAGCCUCACAAGCCACCAAUCAGGGUUUCACUCGCAACUCAAGCAGCGUGUCACCUCAUGGCUAUGUGCCAAGCACCACCCCUCAGCAGACAAAUUACAACUCUGUCACAACAAGCAUGAAUGGCUAUGGGAAUGCUGGAAUGUCAAAUUUAGGCGGUUCUCCAACCUUCCUGAAUGGAUCUGCUGCCAAUUCUCCCUAUGCCAUUGUGCCAUCAAGUCCGACAAUGGCCUCCUCCACUAGCCUCCCCUCAAACUGUAGCAGUUCCUCUGGGAUUUUCUCCUUCUCACCAGCCAACAUGGUCUCAGCAGUGAAACAGAAGAGUGCUUUUGCACCUGUCGUGAGACCGCAAACCUCUCCUCCUCCCACCUGCACCAGCACCAAUGGCAAUAGCCUGCAAGCUAUAUCUGGCAUGAUCGUUCCCCCCAUGUGAAAGAAUUGCCUUGAAGAAUUUUAUUAAUGAAGAGGUUGAAUUCUGCUUCAGAGAGAAUCUGAUACAAGUCCCAGAGUGGAACUUUUUACUCAGGCCUUUUUAAAAAUAAAAAAAGAAAUAAAGAAGAAUCUUACAAUAACUGCGGAUUUUUAAACAAAACAAAAAUCAUCAUCCUUGCAAAUACUGAAAUUAACAAUCUACAAUUGCAAGGUGUUGAUUCAAGUUGUCCAUCCCAAAUACCUGGGAGAUAUAUUUAUUGUAUGUUGAUAAA